AUGGAGACACCUAAGCAGAGCCUCUCUGACUUGGCUACUAUAGUCUCUAAUCUCUCUAAAACCACACACAGUUUCAUGACUGAAACUAGGUCUUCCAUCAGGAACCUAGAGAUACAAAUUGGUCACCUGAGCAAGAGGAUCCCAGAGAUCCCUUCAAACACUCUUCCAAGUAACACGGAGGUUAAUCCAAAGGAAAAGUGCAAAGUCCUCACUAUAGAGGUUAUGGCCGAACCCAAAGAGGGGGUUGCCAUUCAUGAGCUCAACGAAAUCAGAGCUGAUGAGGAGACUAAGACAGUCACCUUACAUGCCCCUCAGCUGAGAGAGGAAUCUAAAGAAUACUCUUCUUCAGAAGAGGACGAGUUGUCCAAGGAAGAGCAAAUCGCUCAGUACUUGGCCAUCCUCAGGAAGCUGAAAGCUAACUCCUCUCAUACAGAGGCGCUGAAGGAGGAAGAUGAGGCUGUGGUGCUGGCCAAGGAGUGCAAUGCCUUGGUCCAAAAGAAGCUUCCUCAGAAGCUACCAAAUCCUGGAAGCUUUCUGAUUUCCUACACUAUAGGGACCAUCACCUUUAGGAAGGCACUAUGUGACCUUGGUUCAAGCAUCAAUCUGAUGUCUCUAUCUGUAAUGAAGAGGCUAGGAAUACUAGAAGUGCAAAAUGCAAAGAUCUCAUUGAAGAUGGAAGACAAGCCUCUUAAAAGGGCAUAUGGCAUGGGGGAAGAUGUCUUAGUAAAGUUUUUCUCUUACCUUUUGAUGUUUGUGAUCAUGUACAGCACUUGGAACAGUGACAAAAGCUUGCAAAACUGGAAACAGAACACCCUGGAGUAA